AUGUUUUCAACAUCAACAACUACAAACCCAAAUAAUGAUAUUGAAUUAUCAAGUCCACCAAGUGAUGGUGUAUCUUGUUUAAAAUUCUCACCAAAAGCAAACAAUUUUAUAGUAGCAGGUUCAUGGGAUCAAAAAGUUAGAUGUUGGGAAAUAAAUCCAUCAACAAAAUCAUCAAUGCCAAAAGCAAUCAUAAGUCAUGAUGCUGCAAUUUUAUGUACAGAUUGGAGUGGUGAUGGUACAAAAGUAUUUACAGGUGGUGUUGAUGGUAAAGGAAAAUGUUGGAAUUUAGCAACUAAUCAAAUGGUACAAGUAGCACAACAUACAGCACCAAUUAAAGAAUGUUUUUGGAUUGAAGAGAGUAAUGUAUUAGUUACAGCAUCAUGGGAUAAAACAUUGAAAUAUUGGGAUACAAGACAACAAACGGGUACACCUGUUUUAUCAUUAGAAUUAACUGAAAGAAUAUAUGCAAUGGAUAUGUUAUACCCAUUAUUAGCAGUUGCAACAGCAGAUAAAAAAAUUUAUAUUUAUGAUCUUAAAAAUCCACAAUCACCUUAUAAAACUGUAGACUCAUUAUUAAAAUUUCAAACAAGAUGUAUAUCUUGUUUCCCCGAUAAAAGUGGUUUCGCUUUAGGUUCAAUUGAAGGUAGAGUUGCAAUUCAAUCUUUAGAUGAUUCAAAACAAGAAAAUUCAUUUACAUUUAAAUGUCAUAGAGAAAAUGAUACAGUAGCAUAUGCAGUUAAUAAUAUUUCAUUUGCAUUACCAUAUGGUACAUUCGCAACAGCAGGUUCUGAUGGUGGUUUCAGUUUUUGGGAUAAAGAAUCCAAAUUUAGAUUAAAACAAUUUUCAAAAUUACCACAAUCAAUUUCAACAGCAACUUUCAAUCUUGAUGCUUCUUUAUAUGCUUAUGCAUCAUCUUAUGAUUGGAGUAAAGGUAGUCAAUAUUUUGAUCCAAAUCAACCAAAUUCAAUUUUCGUUCGUGUGGUUGGUGAUGAAGCAAAAAAAGGAAAUAGACAAACUAAAAAGAGAUAA